AUGGCUCAAGAAAAACGUAAUUCUAGUAUCCUCCCUUUAAAAAAAUGUUCGAAAACACGUACAAUUCGAUCUUUAUCUACCUCAAUGAUUCCUCAAACCAAACCAACAGAGCAACUGUCCACUACUCACAAUAAUAAAAUUGAUAAUGAAACUCAAUUAACGCGAAAAUUUUCUCUGUCUUCUCGAAAACCUCCGAAACCAACGAAACAACUACCUCUUGAAACUAAAAAAACAACUUCUUCUUUAGAAACUAAAAAAACAUUUCCUCCCUUAGAAAUUAAAAAGAAACCUCCACCUUUAGAAAUUAAAAAAAAAUUACCAUUUGUUGAAAUUAAAAAGAAAUCAUCUCCUGUUGAAAUUAAAAAGAAUCCGUCACCUCUUGAAAUUAAAAAGAAAUCAUCUUCUAUUGAAAUUAAAAAGAAUCCGUCACCUCUUGAAAUUAAAAAGAAUCCGUCACCUUUUGAAAUUAAAAAGAAUCCAUCACCUCUUGAAAUUAAAAAAAAUCCGUCACCUCUUGAAAUUAAAAAGAAAUCAUCACCUAUUGAGGCUAAAAAGAAAUCAUUGGAAAAUUUAAAAAAGUCGACGGAACCACUUGUGAUUAAGAAAACAACACCUUUAUUAACAAAAAAUAAACCAAUAUCAUCCGUUGUUAAGAAAAAAUCUAUGCCUCAAAUCAAUAAAUCACUAUCGCUCAGAGAACGAGAUGAUAUUGAAACUAAAUAUUUGACAUCUGCUCGUGGACGAUCUCGUGAACAAAAAGAUAUUAAAUUUGGAAACAAUGAAAAAUACGAUUGGAAAGAUAAUAAUGAUAAAAUUGGUGAUGAAAAAGAAUAUUCUGAGAAAUUUCGUGAUGAAGAGAAAGAUGUAGAUAGUGAUAUUAAUGAUAAAGAAUUCCUCGAUACUUUAUUGUCGAAAGUCGAUUUAUCACAUCCCAUUACAGUUGAAAUGAUAACACAAGUUAUAGAGCUUCAAAUGCAAAAUUCUUUGCUAAAGGAAGGAAAUCAAGCACUUUGGCAAGAAUAUAAAUGGCAAUCAAAUUUAGAGCGUGAAUUAAUUGAAGAACUUAACAAGAUGGAAGCUACAUUUGAAAAAGUUACAUCGCCAAAGAAACAAAUUGAUAAAGCAUUGAAUUCUCUUAAAACAAAUCUUACUGAUUCAUCUCCUUCCAUUAUCUUGCAAAAAGACCAACAAGAAUCAGAGGAAGAUCUAGCGUUUCUUAGGGUCUCGAGUAUUAUCGAAUCAAUGAAAAAUGAUAUCCUAAUUCAAUUAGAAUAUAAUGUUGACAAAAUUAACCUAGAAGAAUAA